AGCAGCUCGAAGUGGCGCGGAAGGAGACCUCUGAGAAGGGCUCGGUCGAACUACAACAAGAAGUCGAAAACCUGCGACGCGAAAACGCCCUCGUAAAGAGCAUGUGGUAUGACAUGAAUCAACGCCUCCUUAGCAAUACCGUUAUCCUGCAAAGACGCAGCGAAGCACCCAAGGGCUGGCUCGGAAAGCAAAGAGCUGUUGUUGGUGGCGGAAGCGUCUUAGUACGGCAGGAGGUAGCAGCAGCAGGAACAGGGACACGGUACUCGCCGUCGCCGAGCGGAGUCGCAACGGUAGGAGUGCCGCGUGCCCCAACGACGAUGACGACAAUGACUGGCUCCUCGGAUAGCGUGCUCGUCUCUUUUCUCUUCAUUACGCAUUUUGUAGGCUCGGAGAAUCGGGUUUGGUUCAGCAUAGCGCAGGUUUGGUGGCAUUUGUAUUGCGUGAGGAUGUAUAGACGUAUUGUCUUUUGUCACUUAUACCCCCUUUUAUUUAUAUGUGGUAGUAGUAGCUUCUAGCGAGAACCAAAAAAAUAAAAUGAAAGACAAAGAUAUAUGAGAGCUCUGAAGUUUUGUUUUUUCUUUCUUCCAUUGCUGGGAUCGACAU